AUGCUGGACGAGCGACCGACGGUGGUGGAGGAGGCCAUCUUGAGGACCUCCAGCAGCAUGGACAGUGUUUUGGGACUGUGUGUGUGAAUGGUGUGAACCCCUCUGAUACUUUAUAGUCUUGUCUGUGUGGUGGCCUGGAAUCUUAGAAACCUGCAAAUUGACAUACUGUACUUUUGGCCAUGUAGUGUACAUAAGGGAAUUAAUUUAAUAGUGCAUUGAAAUUAUAAUUCAACGUGGUGGUUUUUAGGACAUGUGUCCCCAUGGUAGUUGUAUUGAAUCAACUUUGCAUGUCCUCUUUUAUUGACCUGCAAACUCUUCCUGAUAUUGACCCUGUCGCCCCACAUGACUCCUUUUAAGACCACAACGCUUUUAACAAUCUUGCCCUUAAUACAGGAUGACAUCAUUUGAAAUUCUUUAAACCGAUGUUGCAAGGAAUGUUGGCGCUUGAGCAUUCUGUGACAGUGAGCGUUCUUGUGCGUUGUGUUGGGUGCUAUUCGUUAUCAACAUGACCCUCCACAUGUUGUGUGUUGACACAGGCCGAGUUAAGGACAGCCAAUGAUAAGAAGGACCCGUCCCUUUAUAAGCACGGUCUUGAUGAAGAGUCAUUCUGCCAAACCUAGUACCCAGGUAAGGACAGGCCACUCUCUCACUUGUUGAUCUUCAGCUACUUCUAUUGUUGUUUGGUCUAUUCAGUCUGAAGAUUCCUGUGAAAAAUCCUAAUUCAUUUUCCCAUUUCUACUCAGUGGAAAAAAAAUAUGCAUCUCAAAGUAGUGAUCUUCGCCUUGUCAUUCUUGACAACCACAGGUUUGUGCUUUCUUCACUUUCCUUUUCAUUAAAAACAUAAUUGCAUCUGCUAUCGAAUUGUGUUUAUCAUAAUAUAGAGCAGAUGCAAUGAUGUUUUAAAGAGAAUAAUAGGAUUUAAAAUGAGUUAAUGUAUCAAUGGUGUUAACUUCUCCUAUCUUCUACUGUAGCCCACCCACUCCACCGAACCAGCAGAGAAACAUCACAGACCCUACAGGACAUCAUUAACAAUCAGGCUCAUGAGAAGACUGACCUCAGCAAGGAUGUCAAGUAUGUCCUCAUACAAUAUAUGACAUAAACUAUUGAAUCAUGAAUCAGAAAUGCAUGUAUACAGGUGAGUCUUUUAACAGCCUUUUAACAGUCCUAUACAGCCUUAUAACAGCCUUAUAACAGUCCCAUAACUGUCCCAUAACAUACUUAUAACAGGCUUAUAACAGUCUUUUAACAGCCUUAUAACAGUCCUAUAAUGGUAUUUUAACAGCUCUAUAACAGAAUUUUAACAGCCCUAUACCAGUCCUAUAACAGCCUUUUAACAGCCUCAUAAAUCAAAUCAAAUCAAAUGUUAUUUGUCACAUGCGCCGAAUACAACAGGUUUAGACCAUACCAUGAAACGCUUACUUACAAGUCCUUAACCAACAAUGCAGUUUUAAGAAAAUAGAGUUAAGAAAAUAUUUACUAAAUAAACAAAUGUUUAAAUAUAUAUAUAUAUUUUAAGUAACACAAUAAAAUAACAAUAAUGAGGCUAUUUACAGGGGGUACCGAUACCGAGUCAAUGUGCGGGGGUACAGGUUAGUCGAGGUAAUUUGCACAUGUAGGUAGGGGUAGAGUGACUAUGCAUAGAUAAUAAACAGCCUUAUAACAGUGUUUUAACUGAUCCUGUAUGUUAACAGUGGGCUGUGGAAGAGCCAUGUGGAGAACAGCAACCUGUACACCCAGGACAGCCCCAAAUCCAUGGUGAGCGAGAUCAGGCACAAGCUUUCCCUGGAGUCCGAGAGGCUGCGCACCCGCCUUCGCCAGGAGCUCACUAAGCUGAGGGAGACACUCGCCCCGUACCCUGCCCACUCCCAAUCCAGCGAGUCCACCCUGGCCAGCAUGAGAGAUCGCCUGGGCCCCCUGACCAAGCAGCUCCAGAGCGCCGUGAACGGCAACAGCCAGGAGCUGUGUAGCCACCUCAGGCUCUACUUUCAGGGAUUGGAGGCCGCGGAAAGCCAAGCGGCAGCCGGACCCACCCUAUACCUGGAGGCCGUGCAGUGGAUCAGCCAGACCUUGGAUGACAGCAGUGCCAAAAUUACCUUCGUCAUCCAGGCCUUCAAAACCAAGGCGUCCAGCAUGAUCAGGGAGCUCAAUGGUACCAUCCAAGGGGACUUCUGGCAGGAGGUGAACAUCCGGCUUGGACAGGAGGUGCAGGCGUUGAGUCUGGAGGUCCAGGGCAGGGUGGGGGUGCUGAAAGCAAAGCUGGCCCGUCUCCUGCUGGCUCCACAGCCCCUCAAGGCUGAGGUGUCCACCAGCAUGGAGCAGUUCUGCCAGAGCGCCGCCUUACAGGACCAGUUGUUCCAUGCCCGAAUUGAGAAGCACCUUCUGGGGCAGGAGUCACAGGCUCAGAGCCCCAGCGAGCCGCUCUCUCUACAACCUCUGGGCUUAUUGGAGGAGGACUUCUCUGAUAAACUAAGUGCUCUCCUCCAAGACAUUCUGCACACUGUCCAGUAA